CACCUAGCUAGCUGGCUGACUGACACUGGACGGCAAGCACGCGCAGUGUUUUCCCCCAAAGUAUCGCACCAAACCCUGACAGAGCUGUGUUUUAUUUUGGCACGCGAGAGCUCAGGCAGCCAGGGAAACAGAGCGGUUUUACCCGCUUUACAUAUCGCGUGCGAACCAGGCGCAUCUCGUGUCAGCCGCGCAGAUGCUUCUCAGGCGAACAUCCAUGUUCGUGCUGCAGGAAGUGUAGCGAAGCAGCACGCGCAUGCUCAAAAAACCUUUCCGAAAGCCGAGGAUGUGUUUGCCACUAUAAAACGUGUUGAGCUGGAUGAUUGGUUGCAGCCACUCUGUCUCAGUGAGGCCCUUGGCGAUUGGCCGAUGGCAGUGUCCGUGGCAGACGUGGUGAUGGUGAAGACUGAGGACGACGACUCCAACGACAGUGCCAAGACACAGGUCAUCCUGCAGCUUCAUCCAAUCACGCAGGGAGUUUGUGAGGUCACGGGAGAGAUGGGCACAGCUGUCGUGGCAGUGGAAACUCACAAUGAAGACAGCGAUGUGGAGGGGGCGGGGAUUGAAUAUGGAUACCCAAUCACAUGUGGGGGCAGUGCAGCUGUGCUGCUGUUUAAGAAGUUUGUUUGCCCUGGAAUCAACGUCAGAUGUGUAAAGUAUAAUGGUCAGAUUAUCAGCCCAAAGCAGUUUGUUCACUUGGCGGGGAAGGCCACCCUCAAGGACUGGAAGAGAGCCAUCCGACUGGGCGGAGUCAUGCUGAGGAAGAUGAUGGACUCGGGCCAGAUCGAUUUCUACCAGCACGACACCGUGUGCACCAACACCUGCCGCAGCACCAAGUUUGACCUGCUGAUCAGUAACACUCGCUUUCCCCCCCCCGGGAGUGCCCUGCCAGCGCCCCCCUCCCCGCAAGGUAACGGAGGUCCGGUUGCUAUAGCAGAGGACCAGCCUGAGGAGACGGUUGCCACGGCUGCGGAGUGGACGUCCAGUGUAGCCACUGCCAUUGCCACAGCAACCAAGGCUGAGAUCAAGAGGGAGAUGGGGGAGAUCUCCGAGGAUACCCUGAGCUUCUGGAAGGGCAUCGCGGACGUCGGGCUGAUGGCGGAGGUCGUGUCCAACAUCCGCUCUGAGCUUCUGGCUCUGCUGAGAGACAUACAGCUACGCAGCGGACAGGGAGCCCUGCAGGAGCCCGACGCAGCAGCAUUAAACACUCUGGCCCAGAUGUUCGGACUGCUGGACUCAGUGAAACGUGCGCUGGAGAGCCGGCGGGCCCAAACGGAUCAGAACCAGGAGCCGGGCCUCCACAGAACCCUGAACAGUAUGGAGCGGCAGCUGGAGGAGCAGAAGAGGCCGUGUGAUUGGCAGCAGCAUCCCCAGGCCUUACCCAGCAUGCUCCUCAUGUCCCCGCCCCCAGCUCCGAAACGGCCCCGCCUCCAGCGUCCUGCAUCCUCCUCCACCCUGAUUGGGUCCUCCCCUGCCCUGAUAGGCUCCUCCCACUUCCUGGCCCAGCGGAGUUCUGGCCCCGCCCCCAUCACCUGCACCCUGCCACAGAUACCAAUCGGUUCCCAGCUCAGAACUUCCUGCUAUGACCCCGCCCCCAGCAAAGAGCAUUCAGGGGCGGGGCCACCUGAGGACCAGGGUGUGGCAGGGGGGGUGGAGGAUGAGGAGCACCAGGCUCACACCACGGCCGUAAAGAUCGACCCAACGGCAGGACAGAUCUACCCAACAGCAGGACAGAUCAACCCAACGGCAGGAGAGGUCAACCCAACGGCAGGAGAGAUCUACCCAACAGCAGGAGAGAUCUACCCAACAGCAGGGGGGGGAGGAAGGGGGGUGGAGGAAGAGGGGCAGGGAGUGGAGGAGGAGAAGGAAGAAGAGGAUGGUAGCAUGCAGCUCUAGCACCAGGUGCACGUGGAGAUCAUCCAGCACCAGGUCAAGUGAAAGAGAGAGAGAGGGUGGGGAGAGGGGGAGCGAGAGAAGGGGGGAGAGAGAGGGAGGAGGAGAGAGAGAGAGGGGGGGACACAUCCAGUGCAUCCUAACCCUGUCCGCUGCUGUUACUCUCAAAACACAAAACACGCGGGAGGUUCUCCAUUUCUUCUGCUCUGCUUUUCUGGAUUCAUAAUUCAUUUUCAAGCAAGCCGCACAAAAUUAGGUCAUUUUUGCCCUCAACGUUUUUUUCAAACUUUGUUGUUGUUGUUGUUGUUUAUUUUGACACUUUUAAAGAUUUUCGAUAUGUGUUAUGUUGGAGUCACAUGACACAGAGAGGUGGUGUGGAUGUGAGACUCAAACGGGACGUCCCGAGUCGUGUUCCUCCCCGCGUACCCACCCUUGUGAAAGACUGUCCCAAGCGCAGGAUGGUGUGCUGGCCAAACGUCGGGGAAAGAGACGCUGUCCGGGCUGACCAAUCCGCUGUGCCGUAGCUCAGUGUCUGUACGCUCCACAGCCUGGCGAACACAGAGGGGGAUAAAACGUGUUCACUGCAAGAAGACAAAUAUUUAAAAAAAAAUCUUCUUCUCGGUUGUGAACCCUUGUGCAGUGCUUUGGGUGUGGCCAUACUUACACAUUUUCCGUUUUCGGG